ACCAGUCAAGAUGAUUUCUUCCUUAACAAAAUUCGUGUUGAUUACUUUCCAAGCUGCGAUAGUUGCUUCUUUGCUGAUAAUGGGACUCUACGAGCAAGAGGAAGAGCAUCCCAGACAACUUUUUAUUAAUGAUGUUACUGAUGAGCUUAAGUGGAGGAAGGUCCUACAUCAAGUAGCAGCUGGCUUGGUGAUGCUAUCUUGGGCCCAGUGGUAUUCAGUCCUUUUCCGAGUGGGGCUGAUCAGUGGGGAGGUAUGCUUUAUUGUAUGGGCAUGGGUAUAUCCAAAUGUAGAGCUCGAUACUGUUAUCUGGAAUUCAGUCCUGAUCGUUAUUAAUUUAAUUCAUCUUCUGUUAUUCUUCUUAAGCUUUAAGAAACCGAAGCUGACUAUUAAGGAAGAAGAAAUAUAUCAGCAUGAUUUUCAUCUCUACUUUACUCCUGAGGAUUUUAAGGAGAUCAUGAAGCAUGCUCAUAUCGAGGUGAUAAAACAAUCACAAACAAUAAUAAAGCAAAAUGAGAUCAUUAAACACUUAUAUUACUGCCAUAUAAUUUCAAAGGGUUCCAAAUGAAAGCUAAGUCAUAACGGAAGAAAUGUAUAUUCUGUAUGUAAUACUGACUGGUUGGAAAUAUUUGAUAGCUACCACGCCCUUACUUCUGGUGAACAAUUUCCAUGGUCUAUGACUGCAAAAGUUCUUAUUGGUAAAAAAACACCUCAUUUUGAGGUCGUUAAAUUUGACCUUGAAGCGCUUAAGAAGUACUUCUCAAAGAAAGGGCAAACUACAAGAGUCAGGAACUCAUUUUAUGCGUACCUGUUUCAUAAAAGGAUGCAGUAUUUAGACCAGAAAGUCUGCACACCAGAUGAAAUUUACAAAAACACAAAGGUAACCAAGCUUGAUUAUCUUAAGCUAUUUCAUUACAAGAAUAUCAAACUAAUGACUGAGUCUUCGAAAGAGCUAGAAGUGAACCAAGGAAACAUCAUGGAUGAUGAAAAUAAGGAAAUUGAUAAUUUUAUCAAAACUCCUGGGGAUAAAGCUGGGUCUCUAUCUGAUCGACUUCAAAGAAAAACCACUAUGUUUCAGAAAGAUAGAAGCUUGUGCUCUGACUCAGAUUGAUCAUUUUGAGGCAAUAUCAAUGACCCUAAACAUCCUGGCACUAUUACGUCGGAUAGACCCAAGAGAAAUGAAGAAGAUAUAGUUUCUUCGUCAGAAGAAUCCAAAGUUCACAUAGAUCGAAUCAAGACGAAAUUCCAAAUUAUGUAA